AUGGCUGGAGCAAAUCAAAGCAGAGUAACCAAAAUUCUGUUUCCUCUGCGAAGCAAUGGACACCAGACUGUUUCUCUUGAGAAAUUCAGACCCCAAAACCUCCGAGGCACUGAAUUAUCCGAAUCUGGAGUAGACCUCAAUCUCGGGCUCUCUCUGGGUGGCGGGUCUGGCCAAAUCCAUGGAACACAGCUACUGAUUCGACCCGCUUUGCUUGCCCAAGUGUGGUAUCCGAAUGUGAAUGAUGAGAUUGCAGGGAAAGAAGAGAGGAGGAGAAUGAUGGAGUUGCAUAGAAUGAGAAGAUUUGAGGCUGCCAGAAGGCUGUUGGAGAAACAAAUGAAGCGGAAGAGGGCUCCUCGUGUUAGAAGGGUUCAUCAAGUUGAACCUCAAGCUGAAGAGCUGCCCCCGAGGCCCAAUUCGCCAUCCCAAUUGGUCGCUUGGGCUCAACAAUCCGUUGCGAGGAACCCUGCAUUGUGCCGUGCUCUUCAGAUCAUCAAAGACGAUAAAGGCCAAGGUCCAGGAAAUUCAGCUGGCAACACCCGGUCACAAAAAUUUCAGCCUAAGGAGAUGCCAAAAAGGAAACCAGUGAAACCUGCUGUUGCUGUGACCACUUCUGGCCCAAUGGCGAAUGGGAUACCUUCCAAGCCUGCUGAAACCGAGCACGGCAGACCGUCUAGAAAGACUAAACGAACUGCCCCCGGUACAAUUGAAAAGAAAAUACCCUCCAAGCCUGCUGAAAAUGAGCACGGUGGUCCGUCUAAGAGGACCAAAUGGACCACCUCUGGAACAAUGGCAAAUGCCAUACCAUCCAAGCCUGCUGCAACUGAACCUGGUGAGUCGUCUAAGAAAAACAAACCUCCUUGCAGCAAGGGAAUGGGACAUGAUGGGGUGGAAGCAAUCAUGAAGCAGAUGCCUGGCGUGACAACUACUGGAGAUGGCCCCAACGGGCGGACAAUACAAGGGUUUCUAUACAGGUGCGCGAAAGAGAAAGUGAACAUCGUGUGUAAUUGCCAUGCACAAUGUCACUCUCCAGCUGAGUUUGUGAAACAUGCUGGUGGCAGUGACAUGGUGAACCCAAUGAAACGCAUCAAUGUAUUGCCUAAAUCCUUCUGA